GUUCGCGUGUGACGGCUGUGUUGACGACUGCUGGCCGUUUAAGGGGCUCUCGCGCCGCGCAACAGUGUCCGUCUCGUUGCAUUUCCCGUGUCAGACCAUCGUUCCUUGACUAUAAAGAAGAACUUCUGCGACUACUGAAGAACUUCCACGACACGCCGGACACGAAUCGAGGUUAAACUAUGGAAACACCACCAAGAAAACGUGGUCGUCCACGAGUAAUCAAAGUUGAAAAACACAGCCCUAAACCUGAAGAUUUAGAAGAAAUAUUGCAAGAUAUUGAUGAUGAAGCUCUUAAUGAUUUUGAUUACAUUCCAAAUGGAAUGCCGGACUACAUACUUGUCAAAAAUAAAAAAAAUAUCAAUAAUAAUGAAGAUGUUUAUGACUUUGAUGUUGAGAAGGAAGAUGGUCCCGGAAUAAAAGAAAAUUUAAAAACAGAAGAAAAACUUGAAUCAGAACAGCUAGAACAUGCUUGUGAUAUAUGUCCAAGAACAUUUAAAACACUUCCUGGCUUAAAAAGACAUAAAACUUCACAUGAUCGCAAACCUCAGGCAAAAAAAGUCCGCAGUGAUGAAUCAAUGAAAAAAGAAAUGCUUAGUUGUGACUGUUGUGGUGAAGACUUAGCUACUGCUCAUACGAAUGGUGAUUUUGAAUGUUAUGACUGUGGAAACUUUUUCAAAUUAAAAGCUAAUAUGGAACGCCAUCAACUAAUGGUACAUUGCUAUGAUGAUGUUUUAAACUGUCCAAGUUGUGAUUUUAAUUGUACCGACAAAGAAACUUUAUCUGAACAUUUGUAUUCUCAUUCAGGAACAUCAAAGCCCUAUUCAUGUCCUGUUUGUUUCACAUCAUUUAGUAGAAAAUAUCAUCUUGUACGUCACAAUAUGCAAACUGGUUGUGAUGGUUCUGAAAAACCAAAAUUUCCAUGUCAAGUCUGUGGAAAAGUUUUUAAUCGAAAAGAUAAUCUAAGAGAACACUUGCGUGCCCAUGCUGGUCAAACUAAAAAGAAGCGCACUUAUAAUUGUGAAUACUGCAAUAAGGAGUUUGUUGGUUCAGCAUUGUUAACUGUCCAUAGAAGAAGUCACUUAGGUUAUAGACCAUAUCAAUGUGAUUUAUGUCCAAAACGCUUUCCAUCCAGUGGAGCCAUGAAAAAACAUCGUAGAAUUCACACUGGUGAACGACCCUAUGAAUGCCAGCAGUGUUUUGCUAAAUUUGCGGCCAAGGAAACUUUAAACCGUCAUAUCAAAACACAUACUGCACUUAAACCACAUUCUUGUGAAUUUUGUGGAAAAACUUUUAUACAAAUUUCACAACUGAGAGCCCAUUUAUUCCAUCAUACAGGUGAAAAUGGUUUUACUUGUGAAACAUGUGGCAAAUCUUUUAAUCGUCGUUCUCGUUUAACACUCCAUAUAAGAUAUGUGCAUGAAGGAGCUGAGCCUUUUAUGUGCACUGUAUGCAACAAAGCUUUAUUGCGAAAAGAAGAUGUACAGCGGCAUCAUAUUGUUCACUCAGGUGUAAAAGCUCAUGCAUGUCCUAUUUGUGAAAAGCGAUUUGCUAUGAAAUCAUCUUUAAAAAUUCAUUUAUUAACACACACUAAGGAACCACCACGUGCAUGUGAUGAAUGUGGUCGUGCAUUUAUUCGUCAAGAUUGCCUUUUACGCCAUAUGCGUUCUAAACAUAGAGAUAUGUUGGCCGAGAUUAUGGCUGAUGCUGAAAAGAAGAAAUUAGAAGCUCAACUAUUAGGAAUGGUGAAAAAAAAUGGUGAUGAUAAAAAUGAUGCUGGUGAAAAUGUUGAUGAUGUAGACAAAAAUGAUAAUGAAGAUGAAGACGGAAGCAUUGACGAAUUAGAAGAUAAUGAUAGUACCACUAGUGAAGAAUCUAACCAGAAUAACACAUUGGCUGAUUCACUAAUGGAAUUAUUAACAGUACUUGUUGAUGAAAGUACACUCAAAGAGUUUGGCUGGCCAGAUAUGAGUGUUGAUCAUUUAAUUGAAUCUGUGAUAAAGAGAUGUGGACACACACCAGUGGCAGCUGAUGACGUUUCAUAUAUGACAAGAUUGAGAGAUAACUCAAAGCAAUUAUUUUCAAUUAUUAUCGAUGAUUCAGCUAUUCAAACAUUACUUAGCAAUCAAACUAUUGAAGAAGUAAUUGAACAUGUGUUAAAAUUAGCUAAAGCUUAAUAUACAUUCAUAUCUAUAUUUAUAUUAAUCAUAACAUAUAAUUGG